AUGAUGGCGGACACGAACCCAGAGGACAAGGUCCCCAACGACCCCCCGGCUGCGGAGGAAGAUGGCAACGAUGAGGAGGAGAUCUCCGCCAUGAAGCGACGAGUUGCCGAGAUGGAGGAGGAAGCGGCGAAGCUUCGCGAGAUGCAGGCCAGCCUUGACCAGCAAAGCCAGGAAUUGUCGGAGAACAAAGAGGACGUCGACAGUCGCAGCAUCUUCGUGGGCAACGUCGACUACUCAGCAUCGCCCGAGGAGAUCCAGGCGCAUUUCCAGAGCUGCGGCUCCAUCAACCGCGUUACGAUCUUGCUGGACAAGUUCACGGGCCAGCCAAAGGGAUACGCAUACGUCGAGUUUACGGAGCCCAGCCUGGUCGCGCAGGCCCUCGUUCUAAACGAGAGUGUCUUCAAGGGCCGAAAUAUCAAAGUCGUUCCGAAGCGGACCAACGUCCCCGGCAUGAGCAGAGGACGUGGAAGAGGAGGGUUCCGGGGAGGACGAGGCGGCUUCGGCGGACGGGGUGGCUUCAACCCCCGGGGCGGAUACCGUGGUGGCUACCGUGGCCGUGGCCGAGGGUAUGCACCUUAUUAG